AUGGAGUCAAAAUUUCCACAAUUUGGAGCUGGUGACGUAAACAUAACCAUAUAUGAGGAUGUUUAUCGGCUACAUUCUACCGUACUCAAAACCCGUUCGCGUGAGUUGAGAGACCUACUUUCAUCGCUUGGAUCGUAUGGCAUUGGACACUUCGGCUGUGUGCAACUUGAACUGGUGGAAUCGACAUCACAUGGAUACGGAGUGCUUGAGGUUCUGGACCCAGAUGAUCAAUAUCGUUAUGGCCCCAUGUAUAUGCAGCUCCAGAAGCCCAUAAUCAUGUGGCCUCCAGAAAUCCGUCUCCUUUGGGCUAACAUGUUCAAGAUCUUGUAUGACCUCUGUCCUUUAUUAGACCAGGGGGGUCUCCAGAACGUCCUAUGCCGCUGCUGGGAUCUAGUCAAUCUAGCCGACUGCCUUAGAGCCACCCGCACGGUAUUUCCUGCCAUCGUAGAUGCUCUCCAGGAACUAGGACCGCAUUUCUAUGCUCUCAUCGCCGAGGAUCCGAUCAAUUGGAUAAAGCUGGGCACUUAUAUGCGAUCGGCGCUGAUCUUCAAGGAAGCAGCAAUCCACAUCAUCGGCAACUGGAACGCUCUAGAAGACGACCUCGACUAUCUACCGAGCGUCGUCCACGAGUUAUGCGAGAGCAAACAAGCGCAGCUGGUCGAAUUCAAGCAAGGACUUGAGGCUCGCAUGCUCACCUGUUGCCCCUACACAACACUCCCUAUGGUUUCGUGCACCGAAGAUAUGGUCACCCCCUGUAUGAAGGACUUUGGGAUGUGGACGGCAAUGACUUACUAUAGCCAGUGGUUUUGUAUGGCGGUCGCCGAAAACCGCACCUAUUAUGCUCGUGACGGUGGUGCCGCUUUCUAUCGCGCCAUCUACGCCGGUGGCGAUGCUUACCUAGAUACCGAGGAACAGGCAAAUACGAACGCUUUUCGCAUGAGUGCGUACAGGGCCAUGAUGCUUGAUAAAGCCCUGAACAUCCUCAAAGGUGAAAUGAGCAAGUUUGUUUCUGUUUUGUUGAUCAACGAAAGCCACUAUGAUCCUGGUCUUAUGGGAGAACUACCGUACCUGACGUGCUGCAAGGUUGAUGAUGAGGAACUCCCCUGGGUCACUUGGCCCGAUGGUGAUUGGCAUGUUGACAGUGACGAGGAGCUUUUCUUAUCGGACUACGAAGCUGCUACUUCGGCUGAUACAAGUGGAACGUUUGCCACUGACACUUUGUCUGUCGAUACGGACAUUACCGACGUUGAAUCGAUCGAAAUCGAAGAUGGAAACGAGGCUGAAGACAAGAACGCUUCUGUUGUGGACGAAGAUGAAGAGAUGAUUGAUGACCGCUGA